CGUGGUUCCUUUCGCCAUUAGUAGAAUCUUGGCCUAGGUGAAUCCUGUAGGCGGCGAAGGCCCAGAGAGGGGAGGCCGAGGCAAUGGAUGUGAAUCAGCCGAAGCAAGAGCAUCUGCUAGCCCUGAAAGGUCCUGUUUUCUUCUGAUCUGUGCAUCACAUGCAAGAAGAGAUUCUUGUAAAUAAGAUGUAUUACGCUUUAGAGUCGAGGAUCCUAAUCAAGAGACUGUUGCUUUUAUUAAGAAUAACUGGAUUCCUACAGUACCAGCAUGGAAGUAGUUUUGCACUAUCGACCAUUUCAGAAUGACCUCACAAAAUUACAGAAACUUGCAGAAGAAACACUGAAGGAGUUUCCUAUUCGGCAACUACCGAGAUUUGUUCCCUGGUUUCCAAAUGUUUCACACAAACUUCCACUCAAGCCUAAAAGACAACCACCUAUUAUUUCUGGUGAGAAAGCAGAAGAAGUGAAACAACUUGUUGCAGCUUCAGAACCUCUUAUUGGGCGAUAUUAUGACUGCACAGUGGACCUUCUGGAGUUUCAGUCUAAUUUGAAAACUGGUCAAAGUUUAAUUCAGGCACAAACCGUGCAUGCACAAAUUAAUUCAAGCAAUUUGGAAGUACAGUCAGCAAAUGAAAAACCAAAAUUGAGAAGGUCUUGGAGUAUCUCUGUCCCUAGUUCUAAACUUAAAGAAAAAAUUCUUCCUUUAUCUAGAGAACUGCAGAGUAAUUUAGAAAGAAUGAAGCUACAUGCAUUUUAUAGAGCAAAGUGGACAAUUGAGCAAUCUAUUUGUAAUAAUCAAACUCUAGAGGACAUUUGGAUAAAAUUGAACACAAUGAUCAAACACAAUGAAUUGCCGUCUUGCAAUGCUACAAUCCAGAGAUGUGUGGACCAGAUAUGGGUUUUCUGUGACCUAUUAUACAGUGAAUAUGUUGGCAAUCUUCUUAAAGAAAGAUUAAAUCUUACUGGGAGAAUGAACUUGCUUGUACAUAAAUAUGGAAUUAUAUUUAGUUUGUAACUUUAAAACCAAAGGAAAUAGUAAUAUUACUGUCUGGAAUAUUAGGGUUUGUAUCCACAAAAACAAUGAGGAGUCCAGUGGCACCUUAAA